GCAAUAAAAGCAGUUAAUCAGUCCAGAGAAACCUUUAAAAAAGCUCAAGGUGCACUCAUUACAUCAAUUAUUCAGAAAACACAAAAGAAAAUUUCAUAUCAGACAUUUUUGCCAAUCUUUCACUACAUUUUACCAUAUCCUGUUGGUUGAAAAAAAAAUUUUGAACUUUGUCAGAUUAAAAACCAUUUAAACUGGCAGGUUGCAAUCUGCCUCAAGUCAGCAGAUUCUACCAUUAUUGGCGAAAUUUUCACACAUUUUCGAACAACAAAAGCUCUUUAGUUGAUGAAAACAACUUUUCAUUUUUAUCAUAAAGCCGCGUAAACUAUGAGAGUAACUGCUGAUUUUAAAUCAAUAGACUUUUAAGCCACGCAUACACAAAUUCUAUUAAGUAUAAGCCAGAAAAAACAUGUUUUUACCAACAGAUUUUCAAUGAAUCUGCUUCAAUUCAGUCAGCCAUCAACGUAAUGUGCUCGCUCUAGAUAUCAACUAAUAUCCAAAACUACUUGUUCAAUAGCUGGUUAGAAUUUUACUCCGAGUUGUUGAAUUUUUGAAAUGGCCAAAAAACUAGUGAACACCCGAAAUCACAACCGGGAUUAUUUCGUAUUUUCUCUUAUUCCUGUGGCAUUCGCAGUUUUGGGUUUCAUUCACUGGCAAAAUGUCAACAGAAAGUUGGGAGAGAAGAAUCAUCAAAAUGAGUCAUCUGGGCCUCCCAUUGACUACUCCUUGCUUGAUAAGUCAAUCUGCCUGUUCAAAACACAAUACUGCGAGGCUCCCGAGAAGUACAGACGACUGGUGGACUGUUUCCACUCAGAGGAUAUCAAAGUGUAUUAUUUGAAGAACCAAAGCAGCUGUGUCGACUGCAUGCUCACCCCUGGAUUCCUAUUCCCCACAGACGCCGAGGACACUUCCAAAAUUGUGAAAUGCUUGGCCAACACAGUGCCCCGAGUUCCCUUUCGGGUGAGAUCAGGAGCACAUAGUUUCAGUGGCACUUCUUUCAUCCAAGAGGGGUUUAUAGUCGAUAUGAAGCGACUGGGACGCAUUUCUGUCAAACCAAAGAAAAAGGAAGUGACCGUGGGAGUGGGCAACAGAGUGGGAGAAAUUUACAAGGCUCUAGAGAAACAUAACCUGCUCAUGAUUGGAGGAGACUGUCCAGACGUGGGUAUCGGGGGACUAUCGUCUACCGGAGGAACUGGUUUCACCACUCGCAAAUACGGUAUCUUAAUAAACAGCAUACUCAACUACCAGAUCGUAUUAGCCACAGGAGAAAUUGUCAAUGCAUCUUACACUGAGAACCGAGACUUGUUCGACGUCUUGAGAGGCGGCGGGGCCUCUUCCUUUGGAAUCCUGACCCAAGUGACCAUGAAGUUAGCUCCUCUUGAACCCCAGUAUGGACUCAUUCGUAUCAAAAUAGACAAAAAAGGCAUGGGCGAAUGGAUAAAAUACUUCUUGUCUAUUUCGAAGACCUUCAGUGAGGAUGUUAUGUAUUUAUACACGUACUUAUUCGCAGACAUCGUUAUGAUCCAAGGAGCUAUCACAGGAGACUCUUUCGCUAGUGAGAGCAAACAGAGAGACUUGAUUCAAGAACUCAUUGGCAAAGCUCGAAAUCGAUCAAUUACAAUAAUCGACGGCAAUGUCUACAAAAUUCCAUAUACUGAUUUGUACAAAUACACUUAUGGCAAAGAGAGCUUUGUAAAAGCAACAUCUCCAAAGAGCACUUGGAUGCGCGAUUUCAGACAAGAAGAAAACAGCAAAAGCGUUGGUAUAAUGAGUGGCUAUAUUUGCACGGACGACAUUCCAUUGGAGGUUUUCGAACACCUGGAAGAGCACUACUACAACCCAGAAUACAGGGCGCACCUCGAACAUAGUGACCUCGGAACAAAUAUAGAGCUAUUUGGAGGCAAAGAGUUUCCUGACGAGGCUCAUGGAAUCUAUGCAGGAAAAGGAUGUAAUGGGAUUGUCACUACAUAUCCCAAGUUCACAAAUAAUAUGUGGAAAAAUGAUCUGAUUCAGAGGUACCUGACUGGAUUCUGGAACAUUUUGCGGCCAUACACCAACUACUCGUACCGUGGUUACGAGGAUCUUUCAAACGGAAGAACUGACCAACGCGGUCAUGUAGGACUAAUGGACUUACACUUUGCGGACAAGAAAUAUCAGGCGAUGGAAGCGAAGACAAAGUAUGAUCCCAUGAAUGUUUUUAAGAACCAGAUAUCCAUUCCAACUCUUGACUGCUAUGAAAAGAACAUUUGUCUCUAAAAAAGACUAAAAUGACAUAUUAUUGAAAAGAAUAUUUAUAUUGAUCAAAUACAUUCUAAUGUCACGUAAA